CUUAGCUUGUUAGGUGCAUUCUCUCAAUUUCUCAUGAUUGAAUUGGAAAUUAAAUUGCCCCAAUUGGGAUUAAAUUAAGAGGCAUGAAUGAGUGUGGUCCUCCAUUUUGUAGAUUAGAACCUUUUAGGAAAAUGCUCAUUUCUUGUGCCGCAGGGGUUAUGUGUAUGUAUCGAUGGAUCGAUAUAACCUAAUAAGAAUUAGAGUUGGCAAGGUUUUUUUCUUCUUUUUCCGAAGUGUAUAGAGCAACAAAAUGAGGGGCAGAGAAGUCAUUCCAAGAGAGGACAGUACACAGUUGCUCAUUUUGCAUGAAGAAAGAAAGGGUGUCGUGGUCAAUGCCAAAACGCAAAGAAACCGUCUGCACCUCGCGUACUACUGGAAGCGCCGACAAGGACCAAGCCGAUCGGAGACCCUCUACCAUCUAGUGACCGAAAUCACGCCGUUCGGAGAUUAUAAACAUGUAUUGAUGAACAAGAAAUCUGGACGCGGACGACCAGACGGAAAGGAAGACCGGACUCCUUUGCCGCUGGACGAUCUCCGAUUGCAUAGCACCGGCGAUUUCAACGAAACCUCUGUCGACGAAGCAGCAGGGCCACAGGCGAACUCCAAAACCUCCGGCUAACCCUAGUCUCUGCCGAACAGUCGCGAUUGAGGGCUGAUUCAGGUCAUUUUUCUUCAUCCCUCUUUGUUUAAUAUACUAAUUCUAGAUUUUACUCUACCUUUGUUGUUCAUUGCUAGAUUAAUUUCUUUUAAUACAUAUAUGUGUUCUUGUGUUAUGGUUAUGUUUUGUAAAAUCAUGAGUGGCUAAAUAUUUAGGUUUGAGUGUUGGAUUGUUAAGUGUUGAUGAAUAGUAUGCUUUGAUUCUCAUUAGGGAUAAUUUGUGUUAGAAGUUAUAUGCCUACUUGUUUGUGUGCACCAAACAUUGUGUGGUCUUGGUAUUGAGUUUUGAAUCACCAAGGAAUUGGAUUUUGGAAUUCUAGUCUUGGCUCUUCACUCUCAAAUUCUUCUCAUGGAAGUGGUUAUGAAUUUGAGGAUUCUCGUUUUACUUGGUUAUUGUCGAGGUUGAACUACCAAGGAAUUGGAGAUCAACUUAGACGAUUGAAUUCUUUUACCAUGGAAAUAGAAAAGAAAUCUUUGUUAGAAUCACUACUUGGUUUGAUUCUCCAAAUAAUUCCCCUUUCUUUUUAGGCAUAUCAUUAACACUUAUCCUCCAACACCUAAAUCGUGUUCUCAAUUAUUUAUUUCCAAUCUUUAGUUAUUACUCUUGUUGUUUUGAUCUUGCCUCUUCAACCACUUUCUAGACUUAAAUUCACUAUUAUUAGUAGUUCAAUUAGUUCUUGAUUGGCUAAGUACUUGAUUUCCUUAUAGCUAUCCUCUACGGGAACAACAAAAAUACUUACCACUUUUUUCUUUGUGAUUGGUGGGCCGUUUCACAUUCGGUAAGCCUGAUCUUGCAAGAGUUCAAAUAAUGAUUGCAAGAAUAGGUUUUUAAUGUGACUUCUCUAGGAUUCUUCUUGAUGAUUUACCAACAACUCUUUACUUUUCUGAUUCUAUGGUGGCUAAUGUUAAUAUUAUUUUUACUAUUGAAUCUAAUCAAGUUGGUGCUCAUGUUUUUAAUACUAGUGUUGUAAAUGUGAAUUAUUUUACUGAUUAUAUUGUUGUACGUUGCCCCUCAUGUUAAUGAUAGUGGUCUUGCUAACACUAGUAAUUCUACAGAUACCAUCGUUACUUUUCUUGUUGAUCAUUUUCCUACCCAUCAUGUUAAUGUUAGUAUUCCUGCUAACACUGUUGUUCUUACUUAUACUAUAGUUAUAUAUUGUCCUGUUUGAUACUGAUACUGCAGCUGCUACACUUGCUAGCCCUCUUGUUAAUGCUAGUGUUUUUGUUGAAUCGGUGAAGACUAGAUCGGGAAGACACAUGAAUGGUGGUACGCAAAGGAGCCACAAGGGAUAGACUCCAUAAAAACUAGAAGUUAAUCCACAAGAAACAAUACAAUCAAUUCACUUUGGAGGCCAAAAGCGAGGAAGAUGCUAUAGUAACUUUAGAAGUAACUAAUAAUAUUGAAGGUGAAUGUUUGGCUUAUUCUAUUUCUGUAAUCUCUCCCAUUGUAAGAGUUGGCUUUUAGACUCAUUUUUUCGUUUUCUUGGUCCUCUUGUUGGGGUUUGGACCUCCCCACAAAGCCUACACUCUUUGUACUUUUGUGUUAAAUACUAAAAUUUUCUUUAAAAAAUAUGUGUUGGUUUU